AAUUUAUCCUUCUAAAUAGUAAAAUACUGUUCGACAUCCCCAAAUUCAUCAUCCAUAAACCCUAACUCCCCCUAAAUUCAUUAUGUAGAUUCAUCCAAAUUAAUUCUAGAAUCCUUCUCUUGAUCCCUCACUCCUUACUAAUUCAUUCAAACCAAUAGCCUCCUAACUUCUUUAUCUUAAUUAAUCUAAUUUCAUUCAAAAUCCCCAAUUUAUUCAUCCUUAAUCGUCGUUGCUUAAACCAUUGAGAAAAUAUGGAAUCUCCUAGAAAUGCUGAUAAGUCAUUUGAGGAUAAUGAAUCUCUUGCUUUGGUUUUACAAAAAACCAAAAAUGUAGAUCAAAAUGUGACAGACAUUGUGUUAAAGAGGAAGGAUCAGUGCUCUCAAGUAGAUGACGCAUCUAAGUCAAAGACUAAGCGUCUGAGGGCUAAAGUAUGCGUUGUUAAAAUGGAAACUGAAGAAGGAAUUGUUGAUAAAGUUGUUUUCACAAAUUGUAAGCCCCACUUAUUUUUACACAAUGGGAAAGAUGAGAUUAAGUUGACUGCAGCUCAACUUAGUGAUGUUAAAGCUAUUGGAUUUGAUGGGUUGUUGAAGGUAAAGUUUGGAAAGUUUCCUUCUGGUAUUAUACCAUACCUUGUGGCUCACUUUGACUCCGUGAAUAGAGUGCAACAUAUUCCGAACAAACCAGGGUACAUAAUUACUGCAGAUGAUGUUUAUGAUAUUUUAGGAUUGCCUUUAAAUCCUGGAAAACAAAUCAUGUGCAAGACAAAGAAGUGUGAAAAUACUUUUGAUAAUUGGUUGAACAAACUUGGUUUUCAAAAUGUUGAAGCUGUUAAAGCUAAGAAUCUUUUAGCUCUUUUUUCUAGAUAUCCUGAAGGAGGGGAUGACUUCAAGAAGAUUUUCGUUUUGUAUUCCCUUUGUUUGAUUCUUGCUCCUCUUCCCGACUUUCGAUUAAGGAGGAGCAUUUAUCCUGCUAUUGCUGAUGCUGCAACAAUUCAAAGUUUUGAUUGGUGCUCUUUUGUGUUGGACACUUUAUGUGAGUCGAUUAGACGGGUAAAUAGUGAUAACUCUGUAAAAUAUGUCAAUGGUUGUGUAUUGAUUUUACUUUUCUGUUACUGUUAUCGUUUCCCUUAUCAAGGCAAACCUUAUUCAAGGUCCUUGCCUUUGGUUAAAAAUAUUUCCGAGAAACUUAUGAAAUCAAGAUUUGAGAUAGAGAAGGCGAAAGGUUUUGGUAGGGGUGUAUUGGUGUUGGAUGGGUUGCCAAUUACACAUCAAUACACCGAUUGGUGUAAAAGUAGUGGUGAUGAAUUUGAAGAUAAUAAGAAGGAUGAAGUUGUACAAGAAAUUGUGGCUGAAGAGCCUUCUGAGGGGAGGUUUGUCAAGUAUAUGUUGAAUGAAAGAUGGUCUACGGACGAGGAAUUGAGGUCCAAGGCAAAGGAUGAAUUGGAGUUGGCUGAGUUGAUUUUAAAGAGGGAUGCUGAAGUCAUCACUGAUGCGUACUAUAAAAGAGUGAAUGCCUAUAAAGCAAGAAGAGAUAAUGAAGAGGAUGACCAAGUCAUGCCCGAGUCUACUUUAUAUCUAAAUAAACAAUAAUUGAAAAUUUGUUGUUCAUUGAUUGCCAAUUUAUCAAACAUAGUGAUUUAAGGUCUUUAAAAAUUAUGGAAAACCAAGUCGAUCCAAACAAGUUUUACUUUUGCCGAAGAUUUAGACAAUUUGGACCUAACUUUUAACUGUCUUAUGAACAUUUAAAAGGAAUUUUUAUACUUUCAAAAAAAAAAAGUAAUAUCUAUCACUGAAUAAUAAUUUUUAAACAUUUAUGACACAAUUAUACAAAAUAUAAGUAAUGUUGAAUUAUAAAAAAAGAUCAGAAGGAAGAAGUAAAAGAAA